AUGGCUAGGCUCUCCGGUCUCCAGAGGGAUGUUCUGUCUCUUUACCGAAAAUGCCUACGGGAGAUUCGAAAUAAGCCCGAGGACUCCAGGAUCAAUUUCAAGAAAUAUGCCCGCGCAGAGUUCCAAAAACACAUAUCGGUGAAUAAGAAGGACUUUAGCACGAUUGAAUAUCUCCUACGCAAAGGCAAUCGACAGCUCGAGUUGUAUUCUUCCCCGGGAAUCCGCAAUAUCCGAUGA